AUGCCAACAGAAACAAUGUUAUCAAACAGGUCUUUCCUACCCGCCUGGAUGAUAUUCCUAUGCCUAUUUAUUGUCAGGGUUUCUGCUGAUAUUUCCGUUUGUGCUACUAAAAAUACAGGGACCUUCAGCCAGAGUUCACAAUACCAAUCAAAUGGCCUUUGUAUCAAUAGUUGCUCGGGAUAUGCUUUUGCAAUAGUAUCGUACAAGGAUUGUUACUGCUCAAAUUACUAUCCUCCUUCUGAUACAACCGAGGAUCUCCUGACAUGUGAAGUCGACUGUCCUGGGUAUCCUAGUGAUAAGUGUGCGGGCAAUGGGGCAUAUGGUUAUAUUCUAAUUGGCACUGCCAGUGGAACACAGUCCGAAUCUUCUUCAACAUCCUCAUCAUCUUCCUCUAAAUCUUCUCUGUCUAGCAGUGCAGCAACAAAAACCACCUCAUCACUGUCACAAAAAACAUCAGUAGUGAUGGUCACUUCCACUUCGACAGCAACGCCCACAGCUAGCAAUGGUGAAACCGUGACGUCUUUGGUUGUGAUAACCAAAGCAGAAUCAAAUACAGAAACCACAGUGGUGCUACUAACUACAACAAUGGAUGAUGCUGGAUCUCUGGUACAGGUUGUCACUAGUUUUAUAACUAGCGUAUAUACAAAUGGGUCGCAGACCGUGACAGAAAUGUCAACGGAAGCACUAGCAACCUCUUCCUCAGCAACCUCGUUUUCAACUUCACUUUCAACGUCUCUCUUAUCAUCCUCAUCCUCAUCCUCAUUCUCAUCAUCAUCAUCAUCCUCAUUAGCAUCUUCUACUUCUUCUCAACAGACAUCUUCAGCUGCCGCAGCCGCAGGAAGUUCCAGCGAUAGUCAAAAGAAAUCUUCGUCGUCAUUUUGGGACUCUCCAGGAAAGGUUGGUGGGACGUUUGCCUCAGUUGGUAUCAUAGUAUUGAUUAUUAUUGGGUUAAUCCUUUUCUUCUACAUCCGCCACAGAUACUCUCAAACUCACUUGGUUUCCGCGGCAACUCCUGGGGGUAUCAUUGCUCCUUCUGUGAAUAAUUCAUCUUUAAUGAACACACCUAUGAUGGAGAAAUCACCUAGAUCUCGUUUCCUUGGAGGGUCUAGUAUUGUCUUAAGAUCCGAAAGUGCCACUGCUGCCACUCUUAUCCCGAUCCCAUUUGGUGGGGAUGUUGAUCAAAGAUUGGAUCCGGGCCAAAUGUUCUACAACAAUUUGGGGAUAGAUGAAGCAAGCAAGAAGAGCAUCAGUGAUGAAAACGACUAUCUGAGAAAGUUUCUCAGGGUUGCAAAUCCCGACGAAUCGGAUCUUGGAUUACGAAGCUUGAAUAGUAAAGAAUCAUUUGUGAAAGAAUGA